CUCUGCGUGCAGAAAACAUGGCACCCGGGGCGCAUCCAGAACCUGGAGGAGGUGUGGAAGCGGCAGCAGGACGCGGCCAAGGAGGAGCAGAAGCUCAAGGAGUAUGCCAAGCAGCUGCAGGAGGAGCGGGCUCGCGAGGAGCUGGCCUCGGUGGCCGAGGCGGCGGGGCACAAGAUCAAGGCCGACCGCCUGGACUGGAUGUACCAGGGCGGGCUGGUGGCGCGCCAGGAGGCCGACCAGCGCCUGGCGGCGGCAGAGGCGACCGUCGCGGCUAACGCCGCCGCCACGGCGGCCGGCGGCGGCGAAGCCCCCCGCCUGCCUGCUUUCUACUCCGAGGACACCCCCGCCUCGGCCAACGAGAUGUGGCAGCGCCUGCACGCCGACCCGCUGUUUGCCAUCAAGCAGCAGGAGCUGGCGGCACGGAAGAACAUUGUGGCCAACCCGGUGAAGAUGCUGGAGAUCAAGCAGCAGGUGGGGGGCGGGGUGGCAGCGCAGGGGUGUGCGUGA